CAGUGCUGCAGUAGUCUAUUAUCAUAUUAUGUCUAUACAGUCUGUCGUUCGGGGUCGAUUGCCGACUUGCCAACGUUCCAUUCAUACGGGGUCUCCCGGUCUCCGAAGUGGUGCUCCUGGCCAACAGAGCCAUAGCUUCUGGCUUUCCGGUCUGCCAAAGGAGCUGUCACCGCUGUGAGGGACAGGGAGCACUCUCCUCCGAUCAUCCCGUGCAGAGACCAGGAGGCUGAAGCCACUGAGCGUAACGUGGGCAAACGGAGGCUGAGUGCAGAGAGACACAGAGGAACAGAGCAGAAACAAAGCGGAGGCAAACGGAGGCAAAGAGAGGAGAGACAGAGCGGAUGCUAACGGUGGGUGACGGAGGAGAAACGGAGAGACCGAUACGAAGCUAAAGGAGGCUAACGAAGCUACUGCGUGCAUCUAACGGAGGCUAACGGAGGGUAAACAAGCACGCACGUCAAUUCUGCACCAAGCUGACAAGCUCCAACCGGCAUUCAUUUCACGGGAUCCCCCACCGUUACUUCCAUGAUGAUGUACCGGCGACAUGCCCUUUGCGAUCGGAAGGCUAUCAUUCUCAUGGCAGGCAUGAUCAUCGUGGCUGCUGCGUCGCAAGCGACUGCUCGCCCAGGGGCUAGUAAGACAUACGAUGGCCACAUGGCAAUCGCCAAUCAUGGCAAAGAGCUGCAGGAAGAGUGCCAGGGUGGCUGUCCCGUUGGUUGCUCGUGCAUGAUUCAUAUGUGCUGGCGAUGGAACCAGCAUUUCCGAUGCCCCGUGCGUUGCUACUAGUAAUCCUACGCCCUCUUUUGCAAGUCUUGCCCACCCUUCUGCUGUUAGACGGCAUUGCCCAUAAUGUACCGAUACUGAUAUCGUUGCCCAUAUGAAUGCAUUCCACGGAAUCUUAACCACGACAUGCCAUGAUGAAUAGGUACUCAUCCGAGACUCUCCUAGAACGUUUGCGCUGAGGACAAUAUACUAUUAUACAUGUAAGAUUCGGUACUAGGUCAAAUGUAAGGGAAGGGGCUAGUACGUUGGACUCGGUUGGAGUCACACACCCAACGUUCAGAAUAGGCAAAUGGGGUUGAAGAGGGAUACAGCCGGGGCCCGGGUGCUGGCGGAUGUCCACCAGUCUGGACCCGAAGGAGGGCGACGUGACGUUUGCUUGGGAGGGCAAACGGUAGCUGAAAAUGCCAGGACGCUGGUAGCUUUUCGAUUCAGGCUCGGCAUCUCCAUAGCUGAGAAAGGUACUGGUGGUUUAAGAAGUUAGGAGCAAAAAAAGGGUACUCUUCCCAAAACAGGGCAGCAGUAGUCCCUACUCGGGAGCUGAGUAAGAGCAGGAUUGAUAUCAGGAGCAUAACCACUCCUAACAG